AUGACUAAUAAAGGUGAAAAGACUGAAUUCGAAAAGAUGGUUUCAGGAGAAGAGUAUUGCGCUUGGGAUCCUGAUAUCUGCAGGAGAAGAAAUAAAGCUCAUUCUCUUUGCAAUAAAAUUAAUAAAUGCGAUGUAGAAGAUGAAGCAGAAAAAGUCAAGCUUGUAGCUGAGCUUUUUGAAAAUGAUGAUCCAACAUUGUAUGUCGAACAGCCAUUUCAUUGCGAUUACGGAACAAACAUCAAGGUUGGUAAAAAUGUUUAUUUUAAUUUCAAUGCAACCAUUCUGGAUGGAGGCUAUGUUACAAUAGGAAGCGAUACAAAGUUUGGUCCUAAUUGUAGCUUGUACACAGCUUGCCAUCCAACAGAACCAAACGCUAGAAGAGCCAAAGUUGAAUUUACAAAGCCAAUAACAAUCGGAGAAAACUGUUGGUUUGGUGGAAAUUGCACUGUUAUACCAGGUGUUACAAUUGGAAAUAAUGUUGUCAUUGGAGCAGGAUCUGUUGUUGUUUAUGACUUACCAGAUAAUGUUGUAGCUGUUGGGAACCCAUGUCAUGUUGUAAAAGAAGUUCCAAAAGCAAAUUAA